GGAAAGGAAGGGAGAAAGCGGGCGCGGUGGGGCCCGUCGAGGAGAAUGAGCCCGCGCAGGAGCCCUGAGCCGCGGCUCCAAAAUGGCGGCCACGAAGGUGGAGGGGGUGAAUCAUCCGCACGCACACAGUGACCCGUUGCUGCCGCCCUGCAGCCCCAGGGGAGUAGGCCGGGGGCGCAGGAGGGCAGCUUCCCCCAUCUUUCCCCUCGUCACAGGAGCGCGUUGGCAUCCCAUGCCGCCUCUUCGUGCCUCCCCGCAGUUUCUCUUUCUCCUCCUCGUGGGAAAUGUUCACUUUCUUCUUCUCUUCCGCCCCCUUUCUAGCCCUCUCUCCGAGAGUCUCUCCUCCUAAGUAAAAGCUGACUCCUUUCCCUGCCCCCGCGGCACAUCAUCCAAGCGGCUCCCAGCUCAGUGCCUCCCCCCACUUUUGAAAAAUGCAGCUGCGCCCCUCACACACAUGUAACUGCGUCCCACUCCCCUCAUCGCUUCUCCGCCUUCUUGGUAGAAAACCUUAUAAUAUUCCUCCUUUCUGCCUACAUUUGGCCUCUUCUUGCAAUAACUUGCUUCUGUCACUUUUCCUCCCCCAUGUUAAAAUCCAGCGUGACUUAUCUUUCCCUAGGCUACAUCAGCCCUGAUAUUUUCUUUGCCCCCAGACACAUGCAUACAACUUUAGCCCAACCAACCUGCAGGGUUUCCCUCCCCUCUCCCAGCAGUUGAUGGACCGAAGCUUCGGAGAAAUGUGUGCGAAAGUGGAACUCUCAAAUUGACAGAUAGCUUAGGGGAGAGAAAUAAAGAUGAUGCUAUAGGAAAGUGGGGUGGGUCUGCUUUUGAUAUUGGCAUAAGGUUGGAAUGAAUCCAUCUGUUAUGAAAAAAAACCUCUAGUCCGGGAUAAUGAAAAGGCAUACUACUCCUUCAUGCCUUGAGUGUGAGCCUACUUUUUUUUACAUUGGUUCUACACCCCCACCUCUUUCAGGAAGUUUUAUGUAUUACUUGUUGAGAUGGGGGUAUACAUGUUAAUAUAUAUGCCAGUAUACAUGCCCUUCAUCUUAUUAUGCACACAACUUCUUAUUCCUGUCUUUAACUUAUAAUUUUUUAUACUCCAUUCUCCAGACCUUUCACCUUGUAGCUUUUGCAAGCUAUUGCCAAAUACUCUAGUCUUUCCCACAAUCACUUGAUCAUCCCCAUAUUUGUCCAAAAUAUCUUUUCAGCUUUAACUUCCUUUUGGGUUCUAUCAUUUCCCCACACAUUCUCCGCCUUUAUCUUGCUUCUUGCAUCCUUCUUGCAUAUUUAAUUCUCUGAUCUCUUUAUUUUUGCCUGGUAUUCUGAUCUUGCUUUUGCAGAAGUAAUUUACAGAGCCUGUUUACUCAGAAAUCAGUACCAUAAAUUUAAGGGGACCUAUUCCAUAGUGUGUUUUGGAUUAUGGGCAUAAUAUAUUGCAGUUUGAUCAACUGGGACCCUUCAGUUAUUUCACUUCAUACUACUUCUAAAUAAUUCAUUGUAUAUGUAUAGUUCAUUUCUGUUGUUCAAAGCAUUUCACAGUGUUACAAGAGCUCUGUGAAAUUGGCCAUUGUUCCAAUAAUGUAGGUAAAGGACUGGAACUGAAUAGUUGCUUGCCCAAGGCUACUGAGAUGAGAUCUGAAGUGGAGGAGUUCUUGGCUGAGUUCAGUAGCCACUGUGGGGCACAGGAUUCCAUUUAGUCAGAAGAGCUCAGUUCAUGAGGAGCCCUACAAGAUCAAUCAAUCUGCCUGAGUCAGUUGGAUGUUUUCAGGAAGCCCAUAACUGGUAUGAAGGUAGGUGGUGCUAGAACACUUGCUGUAUGGAAUCUUGUUCUGUAAUAUGGGGGAAGAGGAAGGACUGCAUCAUCAAACUCAAUUAUUGGACACAAUGUUUGUACGCGGACUAAAGAGGAAAUGUAUUGAUGGGGAGGAAGAUAUUGAAGGAACUUUAGCUGGGUUUAAAGCUAUCCCUUCAUACAAUCUUCAGCGCCAGUCACUGCUAGACAUGUCUUUGGUUAAACUUCAGCUCUGCCACAUGCUUGUUGAACCUAAUCUGUAUCGUUCAGUGCUUAUAGCCAAUACAGUACGGCAGAUCCAAGAGGAAAUGACCCAAGAUGGAACAUGGCAGAUGAUAAAUGCACAGAAUACAGGACCAACCUCUUUAGACUGUCUGGUGUCAACAGAUAUCCUCUGUCGUUCUUCUAAGGAACAAGCUGAAGAAAAGCUUGUUCAAGGUUAUGGUGGCUUCUCAAAAGACUUUGAGGACACACAGUCCAAAGAGAAUGCAGAAAUCUUAAGACCUGCUCCAUUACAAGCUCCUAGAAACCUGCAGGGUAACAUGUGGGAGAUGGAAAGCUCUCCAGAAAACAGAGGAAACUUCCAUAAAUCAUUAGAUCAAAUAUUUGAAACCUUAGAAACAAAAACUCCCGACUCUGUCGAAGAUCUCUUUUCAGAAGUUGACAGUUCCUAUUACAAUCUUGAUACAGUGUUAACAGGAAUGAUGGGCGGUACAAAAAUGGGACAUUGUGAUGUACUUGAAACAUUUCCUCAAGCAACUACUAAUUCUAAUUCUAACUGUAAAUCUGACCUUAAUGAGCUUGAUCAUUUUGUGGAAAUUCUGGUUGAAUCUUGAGACACAGGGUACAGGAGACAUCCAAGAAGCCAGAUUUUGAGUAGUAAAACUUCCAAAUAGCUUGUCCUCUCAAAACUGCACGUGAAUUUUCCAAAAAUGCACUUCAGUUUGCAAAUUCAUGUUAAUGUGGUCUAACAUUAACCUGAAAUUUGUAUUGUUCAAACUGCAAGUACGUAUUUUCAGGGCCACAAUUCACUGUGGGUGUUCCAGGUAUGCCUAUGAGUUACCAGAUGCCCAGCAGGUCUUCCAUCUUUUUUUCUUUAAUAUACGCCAGACCCGUGCCAUGUCAAACGGUUUUGGAAAUCCCUGGUGUUUCGGUAAUGGCUUGGUGUGUCACAAGACCCUUCAGUACACAAUCCUCUGUAUCUUGCUCAUACAUCUUCCCCUUCUCCUUGGGGCUCAACAUUUAAGACUUUUUUUUCCAAAAAAAAUUAUUUGCAAAUCCCUUCUAGUGAUUAGGGAUAUAAAAUGGUGUAGUAGGAUUUAUUUUCUUUUGACCAUCUCAUUCCUCCAUCCUCUGUAUAAGUGCUAAACAAACUCCAGUCCUCAGCCUAUAGAGGCUGGAUAUAAAGUCCUUAGCCUAAGUCAAACUCUGCUGUCCAGGCGGAGUCCUUUUCUACACCCCGUCAUUUCUUCCUGUUGUCUUCAUCAGUUGACUUUCAUGGGACUACCUUUAAUGGUUUGAGGAUCAAAUGCUUGGUUCCAUCUCCUUAAUUUCAAGUAAAUAUUUCACUGACAUCCAUAAACUUUCUACACAAGCUCUUAAAGAGCCUUAAAGCAGUGAUUCUCAUUAUACUAGCUAGCUUUUUCUGUCAUUAUUUUGUUUUUUCAAAUAUAGUUAUAGUUUUUAAAAAGUGUUUAUAAGUGUUCAGAAUCUUUCAGCUAUUUUCUGAAGAUAUAUUUUUGCUACAAAUCUUCUGCCAACUGCUUAUUUAGUGCCUGGAGAUACCUGCAGUUGUAUUUUUUUAAUCACUUUGAAAAAGGGAUUUUUUUUCUUACCAUGGAGCCUCCCUUCUCUAGCUCAGUAAAGGUGUGUAAAUACCACAUUCAGGUAGGAGCAGUUGUCAGCAUUCAAGCCUGGAGUACUGUUUAGGAGUAAUGUUACCUUUGACAUGUGAACAUCUGAGGAGUUCUAAUAAGGCUGCAUGAAGUCUUGAUCCAUUUACAUUUCAAGCCAUGUUUUUUUUUUCCUUUUCAAGCAUAAAUUAUGUGGGUUUUAUUUAUAAAUAUAUACAAAUAUAUAUGUCAUCGAGUGAACAAUUUGGCUGAAGUCUACCAUCCCACUUAAUUCCGUGUUUGGGGAGCACCCCACCUUGCACUAAACACUACAGGAUUGUUACAGAGGCCUUUCAAGAGUGUUCUCCAAACAUUCAAAAAAUGUCUUAAUUUCUAAAAGAGUUUCUGGUGAGAAGAUACUUGACAGCAUUUUCAAUGAAAAAUUGAUCAGUAUUUGCCUUGGUAAAAACAGUGAUACAAAAAACAUAAAUGCAGGGUGAGAAGAGAAGAGCUAUGAAUUCUCUUGACUAAAGUUAAUGUUCUCACUUAACUGUUAUGGGGCAUUUCUGCCAUUUAACCAUUUCAGCUAUUUGUAUCAGUUUGCUUGGAUUGGAAUUGGAAUUGGAAAUGUUGCUUUACAGUCUCCUGACUUUACCAGAAUGUGAUACUGGAAAACAGAUGUGAUACUGUAUUCAUGCACAUCUCAGAACAUUAGACACCUUACCUCCCAGCAUAGAUGCUGCAGUAUAUUCUUUAUGCAACGGGAGUCACUGUAACCCCUUGAAGCCAGUAGAACCGUGUGCCACACAUGUCCCAGAACAACUCUUCAAAGCAUCAAGAUCCUUGUCUUGUGUAUGUGUAGCUAACUGUCUUUGUCUUAGUUUAGGUGGCAACCUUAAACAACUUUGUAUAACUAGCCCCUCCUGAGGUUCAUGGGGCCACUUACAAGGAAGUGAUUUCAUGAUUGUAGCCUUAAUUUAAGUGCUUUUGAAGCACCCGAUUUGAAAACAGCAUUGUUUGUUUUCCAGUCUUGGCAGGUAGAGAUGCCAAUUUCUGUAACUCAGUUUUGUGCCAGACCAUGCAGUUUGUAAGGGGAACUUUCUUAUGCAUUUGAAAGUGAUUAAUGUCUUUUUAUAUUAAAGUUGAAUAUGAAGUGUCA